AUGAUAAGGUCAGAUGACAGUCCAGACAAGUCAUUUAUCUGUGUUCCACUCCACAGAUAUCUCGUCUUCCUGCAGGUUAAGAGGGAUCUCUACCAUGGCCGUCUCCUGUGCAAGACAUCCGACGCUGCUCUAUUGGCUGCCUACAUAUUACAAGCUGAAAUUGGCGACCACGACCCCGGCAAACACCCAGAUGGCUACAGCUCCAAGUUCCAGUUCUUCCCUAAGCACUCUGAGAAGUUGGAGCGGCGGAUUGCUGACAUCCACAAGACUGAGCUGAUGUAAGGUGACACUUGUCCAUGCCCCUGUCUUCCUGUGCAGCCCUUCACUUCCACAGCAGCCACAGUACAGAGCAUCACUGAACACACACCUCACAGUUGCAAGGAUGUGUCCGGGAACCCAGCUUUUCUGGCGUUUACUCCUUUUGGAUUCACUGUGUUGCAAGGAAACAGGAGGGUCCAUCUCCUCAACUGGGAGGAGGUGACCAAACUCAAGUUCGAAGCGAAGACAUUCCAUGUAUAUGCAAAUCAAACAGAGGAUAAGAAGAUCAUACUGACGUUCUUUGCACCCACACCUGAGGCCUGUAAGCACCUGUGGAAAUGUGGCGUGGAGAAUCAGGCCUUUUACAAGUUGGAGAAGUCAAGUCAAGUCCGCACUGUGUCCAGUAGUAAUCUCUUCUUCAAGGGUAGCCGCUUCAGAUACAGUGGAAAGGUUGCAAAAGAAGUGAUGGAACAAAGUGCCAAAAUUAAGAGAGACCCUCCCGAGAUACACAGGGCCGGCAUGGUGCCAAGUCGGAGCUGCCCCUCCAUCACUCACGGCCCCCGGCUGACCAGUGUGCCCAGGACCCGACGGAGAGCUGUGCACAUCUCCAUCAUGGAGGGUCUGGAGUCCCUACGAGACAGCGCCCACUCCACACCCGUGCGCUCCGUCUCCCAUGGCGACUCCUUCAUGUCUUCUCGAGGCAGCAUGAUGGACAGCAGCGAGGCGAGCACGUCGGCAGUCAUCUCCGACGAGGCGUACAGCCCCUCAGACAGCAUGCUCUCCACACCUGUGGCCGAACACGGGAUGGAGAACCCUCUGAACCGCCACCUCAACGGGGCGCCCCGCAGCGUGGAGGACAAGGAGUCAGAGGCCGGAGCGUCGAAGGAGGGGCAGACCGCGGAGUUUUCAUCCGGCAGGCGAGCGCUGCGUUUGGUGAAGAGCAGGCCGGCCCCACCCAGCGACGCGGAGGAGCUGAACAAGUUCAUCCUGAGCGUGCUGCGGCUGUUCCUGGUCACCAUCGGGCUGCUGUUCGCCCUGCUGCUGCUGCUCAUCAUGCUCACAGAGUCAGACCUGGACAUUGCCUUCCUGAGAGACAUCCGCAAGACGCCUGAAUUCCAGCAGUUCCACUUUGAAUACUUCUGCCCUCUGCGGCGCUGGUUCGCCUGUAAGCUACGAUGGAUGGGAGGUUUCCUCAUCAGCAAGUGAAGCAGAGAAGGACAAAACACAGGCCUGCACUGAUGGAGACGGGACAUUUAAUAGGGAGAGGAGAGAGGGGGGAGGGAAAAGGAAAAGAAUGGCCGCCCUUUUCCCAAUAUCAACCCAGCUACUCUUAUAAGGGAGUUACUGUCACAAGCCAAGGACUGUCCUCUGAAGAGCCUUGUUUAUUAUAUCUGACCAUCACUGCGAGGAAAGAAAAUCACAUUUUACUUUGGAAAUUCAGGUCAUUUCAAGGUAUUUUAUUUUUUACACAAAGCCACAGUGACAGGGUUUCAUUUAAAACACUGAACGUCUGACAGACUUCACUCAUUCAACCACAGAUAUAGUUGCCUUUAUUUUUCUAUUCAUUUAUAUCCUGCAACAUUAUUGUGAGACAGAUUGACCUUUUGUGUUUGGGAGUGUAACCUGAGAGUUUGAGUGAAGUUUUUAGAGCCAGUCUAGCUCAUCUUCUUAUUUAUAUAUUUUAAAGCCAACCUUCAUUAAGCUAGAAUUUAUAAUUGUCACUGAUCCUUUAACCUUCUGUUUUGACUUGUAUCUGGGGGUUAGAGAAAGUGUGAAAUGGAAAACCUUGCAGCACUUACUGAAUGUAGAUCAGUCCUGAGUUAAAUAAUAUUUGCAAAGAAUCUGAUUGGCAACCGAGAAAUACUAGCAGCAGCUAUUUCACCCAGGAGUGACGUUGGUGCUGGUGAUAAUGUAAAGUAAUAAUGUGUCUAGUUUGUGGUCAGACGUCCAAUAACGGUGUGCUCAUGUUACCAUUGUUGUUCAGCCACUAGAGCACCGAUAACAUUAUCGUCCUAUGACUAUGAUUUAAAGACAAUUUGUAAGGAUUUAAAUAAGUAUUGGAGGUGGUAGGCUGACUGAUUUGAUAAAAUAGCAGCAAAAACAAUAGCUACAAUCAACUUCUGUGUGAAAGAAACAGUCGUCACGUUGCUGUAGUUCCUUUACAGUAGUUGUGAGCUAGCGCUGUGGUGACAGUGAAAUGUUUGGUUAGUUCUUUGACUCCCUCACUCUGUAGAAGGAGUUUAUCUUGAUGUGCAAUACUGUUCGUAUUCAUAAAUAAGAGUCUUUACAUUUAGGGUAACUUUGUUUUACCUUUGUAAAAACAAGUGCUUUUUCCCCACUGUAUUCGGUCAAGAGAGCUUAUUUUUAGUUCAUGUCGAGUGAGGGGUCAAUUAACUUUGUUUAGCCAUUGCUUCGUUCAAAUGUAUGCGUUUAUCUGUAAAAGCUGAAUAUGUUUAAGUCAUGUUUCCAUUUUUGUACAAACUCAUGUCUCGUUAACACAGAUUUCCUCACAGUGGCUUUUAAUGGACUUGAAGCAUUAUUUUUUACUGUGGAUGUAUAGUUAUCAACACUUACACGAGAGCCUAAGAUAAGUCAUGUUUACGUCCUACUGCUAUCCUCAUCAUCGCACCUACCAAAGAAACCUCUGUUGUCUGAUAUUUGUCCGUUUGCACCAACAGAUGGGAACUCUGAUAUCCGCUCUCCUUCUCCAGCCUUAUUACGUAUGUGUUAUGUCACAAACAGCCCAGAGCAAUCAACAGCUUUAUUUAAAACCUUACACAGUUAACUAAUGGUCCUUUCAACAAGUGGUAAAUGAUAGACUGGUGUAUUAUACCCUAAUACAAUAAUGUUGUAGUUAUGCAACAAGGUCAAUGGUUUAGGAUACCGAGGGGUUUAGGAUAUGCAGGCAGUAAAGUAUUAAUAUUCAAAUAUUUCACAAAAAGAUCCACAGGUUGAUAGUUAACACAAAAUCAGUGCUUUGAGAAUCCCUGUAGUAUUAAAUACAUGGCUUUAAAUGUUGAUUUUAUUUUUGUACAGUAUAUGACAUUUUAAAAUUAAGGGAAAGUUGGGGAAGUAGUAUUAAUUGUGUUUGGGGUGAGUUUGACAGAAAUAUUGACUAAUAUAUUUAAUAGAAAACGUUUUUUGUUCAGACUUUAUUAGUUAUGUGUUUUCUUUAACUCAGAAGGUGCUCGCUGGUGUUUGAUUGUGUACGGUGAAAGGCAAGUCGAGGCAGAACAUGUGUUUUUACUGCGUAUCAUUUGUACCUUAAGGUCUCAUUUUAUGUUCAUGUGUAUGAAAAACUUAAUUUGAGCAAUAAAUAUAACAGAUAAUAUAAUGAUCAACAACCAUGAAACUGCAAAUGUAUACUGCUAUUGGAAAUGUGUUUUGGAUCCCCUCAGAAGGUGACCAGCCUGUAGAUGCAUGUGUGAGGGAAUGAUGCCCACUGUUCUUGACACAGACGUAGGUAACGUUUUCAUGUAAAUCCUGUCUGAUCGUUGCCUAAUCACUGCUCUUCCUUGACUCAUGUUAGAGAAACAGAGUAGAUGCAAAUAUGAUUGUGAAAGUAUGUGUAAAUGAACUGACAAAAGACUAAAUUGUUUCUUGACUAUGUAAAGGAUUUAGCAAAAUGGAAGUGGAGCGAUUUGUAUUUUUAGCUCAUUUAAAAACAGUAGCAUAGUCAACUACCUGAAUAUUUUUUAUUGUAACGCAGUUUAAUACAUUGAUUUUUUAUUGUUUUUGCUUAAAUGUUUAAAGCACUUGAACUAACAAAGUGGGGGCCCUUUGACAGGCAACGCUAGUAUUAAUUUACCCGAGUCAUGUAAACAGGAACAAGGCAUCUGAUGUGGUUUAACUGUAAGCUUCCUUCCUGUACCGUGUUCCUGCACAUGGAAAUGUCUCUGUAAGCAUGUGUUCUGCAUUUAUUACCUCCAAACAAGGCUGCUCAUUUCCAAUCACUGAAAUAAGACUGGUGUAAUUUAUUUAUGAAUAAAUGUAAUCUAUUCUUGAAAUCUGUCAGCUAGUGCAGCUUCAAGUUUGAUCUAAAAUUCACAGCAGAAACAAACCUCCAAAAUCAGUGGGUGUUUCUCAAUGUCAAGGAAGGCUGCUCCAAAGCCACUAUUUCAAGCAUGCUACGUCAUCGAGUGCCGCCGAAGGACUGUUCCAAUGUCCAGCAUACUUGGAAUUCUACAG